AUGGAGCACGUGACGGAGGGUUCCUGGGAGUCACUGCCGGUACCGCUGCACCCGCGGGUGCUUGGUGCGCUGCAGGAGCUGGGCUUCCCGAACAUGACCCCGGUGCAGUCUGCGACCAUCCCUCUGUUCAUGAAAAACAAAGACGUGGCUGCUGAAGCGGUCACAGGAAGUGGGAAAACCCUCGCCUUUGUCAUUCCUGUCCUAGAAAUUCUUCUAAGAAGGGAGGAGAAGUUAAAAAAAAGCCAGGUUGGAGCCAUUGUCAUCACGCCCACGCGGGAGUUGGCUGUUCAGAUAGACGAGGUCCUCUCGCACUUCACGAAGCACUUCCCUCAGCUUAGCCAGAUUCUUUGGAUCGGAGGCAGGAACCCUGGAGAAGAUGUGGAAAGAUUCAAGGCACAAGGUAUAAAUACCAUUCUGGAGUUCUUGCCAAAGCAGAGGAGAACAGGCCUCUUCUCCGCCACUCAGACGCAGGAAGUGGAGAACCUGGUGCGGGCAGGCCUCCGGAACCCUGUCCGCAUCUCUGUGAAGGAGAAGGGCGUGGCAGCAAGCAGCACCCAGAAAACCCCAUCCCGCCUGGAGAACUACUACAUGGUAUGUAAGGCGGAUGAGAAAUUUAAUCAGCUGGUGCAUUUUCUUCGAAACCAUAAGCAAGAAAAACACCUGGUCUUCUUCAGCACCUGCGCCUGCGUGGAGUACUACGGGAAGGCUCUGGAGGCCCUGGUGAGGGGCGUGGCGAUCCUGUGCCUGCACGGGAAGAUGAAGCACAGACGCAACAGGACCUUCCUGGAGUUCCGCCGACUGCAGAGUGGAAUCUUGGUGUGCACAGAUGUGAUGGCCCGGGGAAUUGACAUCCCUGAAGUGAACUGGGUUAUGCAGUACGACCCUCCCAGCAGUGCAAGCGCCUUUGUGCAUCGCUGCGGCCGCACUGCCCGCAUCGGCCAUGGCGGCAGCGCCCUGGUGUUCCUCCUCCCCAUGGAAGAGUCCUACGUCAGCUUCCUUGCACUUAACCAAAAGGAGAUGAGACUUCAGAAGAACACCGUGGACUGUCUUCCCAAGCUGAAGGCCAUGGCGCUGGCUGACAGAGCUGUGUUUGAAAAGGGGAUGAAAGCUUUUGUGUCGUAUGUCCAGGCUUAUGCGAAACACGAGUGUAACCUAAUCUUCAGGCUAAAAGACCUCGAUUUUGCCAGUCUUGCUCGAGGUUUUGCCCUGCUGAAGAUGCCCAAGAUGCCAGAGCUGCGAGGGAAGCAGUUCCCAGAUUUUGUGCCUGUGGAUGUUAAUACAGACAAGAUCCCCUUUAAAGAUAAAAUCAGAGAAAAGCAGAGGCAGAAGCUACUGGAGCAGAAAAGAGACAAGAAAACAGAAAAUGAAGGCAGAAAAAAGUUCAUAAAAAAUAAAGCUUGGUCCAAGCAGAAGGCCAAAAAGGAAAAGAAGAAAAAAAUGACUGAAAAAAGGAAAAGGGAAGAGGGUUCUGACAUUGAAGAUGAGGACAUGGAGGAACUUCUUAAUGACACAAGACUCUUAAAGAAGUUCAAAAAGGGCAAAAUCACUGAAGAAGAAUUUGAGAAGGGGUUGCUGAGAGGUGGCAAAAGGACAAUUAAGACAGAUUUUAGGAUCUCCGAUUUGGAAGAUGCCUGCUGA